UAACAUAAACAAGUAUCAACGAAUUACAAUAUUUUGAGUUUUGAAUGUUUUCAUUUGCUAAGACGUGACAAAAUUAUUAUAUAAAAUUAAAAAAUAUAAUUAAAGUUAUGCGGUGCCAGUUGCCUGACGUCAUUGUGCCUACAUCUUGAUUUUGAUUUGAUAAUUGGUGUAAAACAGUAUUUAAAAACUUCAAUAUACUCGUUACUAUAUUAUUCAAGUUAAUCAAUUAUUAUUUGUUUGAAUCAUACAAGAUGAACGUCUAUGAUAGUGUUGUAAGAGGAACACAAGCUAGUCGGUUAAUACUUGUUGAAGAUUCAUUUUUAGCCAAAGGACAGUUUCUAUUACAUCUGAUAUCGACAAAUCGUAAAUCUUACGACAUCCAUGUACUUUGUUAUGAACAUUUAGUGUCCAAAUACCAAACUUUAUUUCCCUCCUUGUCUAAUAUUCAGUAUCAUGAUUGUAUGACUAACAUUUUAUCUUUAAAUUUAAGUAUGUAUGAAACUGUUUCAAAUAUAAUUGAAAAAUCAACCAGAAAUAUAGUCAUUUUUAUUGAUUCAUUGUCUAUGUAUUUACUUAGAACUGACUUCAGUAAAGUGUAUAAAGAAUUAUUGGAUAUCACAUCAUCAGAUCAAUUUCCUAACAUUGUACAAUGUGUAGCAGUGAUACACAAUGAUGUAACAGAAGUUAAUCAAAUUGAACACUUGAAAAACAUUUGUAAGACUCAUGUACAAGUACAAAGUACUAACAAUCCGUUAUUUUUAAAACUAAGAUUAGAACAUAAAAGGUCAAACGGUAAAUGUGUAGUUCAGAAAUUAAGUGGUGAAUUAAAAUCAGAUUGUUCAUUUAAACUAAUAAAUGAUUUAGCGCCACAAAAAAUCGAAGAGGAUAAAAGCAUACCAACAAAUUUAGCUAGUUUUAAAUUAGAUUUACAAGACAAUGAGAAGAAAGCCAAGGAAGAAUUAAUUUUACCAUAUACUCUUGUGCAAAAUACAUCCAAUACUGGUGGAAUGAUUCAUUACGUUCCAGAUGAAGCAGAUGACUGGGAUGAAGAAGAUCCGGAUGAUGAUUUAGAAAUAUAGCAUUGUAUUAUAUUAUUUAUAAAUCAUGUUAUGCAAAUAAAAUAUGCAUUUUGUUAUAC